AUGGCUUCUGCGCUUCCACCACCUGCGCCGUCGCUGCCUAGCCAUCUCGACAUGUCGCCGCCGCCUGUUCCGUCCUCCGAGCGGCCCACGCUGCCGUCGAUCGUGACGCAGAGCCGCCUCUCUGGCACUGCCGGCGCGCCCUCCGAGCCGCCGAGCAGCGGGCCGUCGACGGUGUCGCGCUCGUCGGCCGUGGCGAGCGUGAGCUACAUGCCGCGUCCGCGCUCGAGCUCGGACGUGCGCCUGCCGCCCAUCGCAUCUUUCCUGGCCGGCAGCCUGGGCCAGCAGGCUGGCCCCUCGUCGCUGCAACAAGGUCCGCCGCGCCCAUCUGGCCUCUCAAUGCUCGUCGGUGCGGAUGCUGGCGCUCGCGGCCGCCUCAGCGGACCCGACUCGCACCCUCCGCCGGUACGCCGCACAGCACCGCGUCGGCCGCGCAGCAGCGAGGAGGCCGGCGCUGCGCGGUCUUCCUGGGCCAGUGCUCCCUCUGCCUGGCCUGGCGGCAUCUCGGCGGCGCCCUCAUCGUCGUCGAGCUACACUGGCCGAUCUCCCGAUCUGCGCGGCUCUGUGUCUGGCCGCGCGAGCCCGAGCUCGGCGGGCACGUCGCCUCGAGGACCAUGGACCAGCGACAGUGCGUCGCCACUUCCGCGUUUGAGCGCCUCCGGCGCGGCAAGCGGUCCGUCUGCCUAUCAGACGCUGCGCACCCUGUCUCCGCCGACUUCCUAUCCUUCGCUGCCUGCCGGCUCGCUGUCUCCAAGCGAAGCAGGUCCGACGCGGCGCCGCUGGUCAGGCUCCACGCCACUGCACUCCUCGCCGUACCCGCGGCUCUCGCCCAACACGGCAACGCGCGAGGUGCGCCAGCGCCGCAACACGGAUAGCAGCUACGGGCAGGAGCGGGAAGAGGCCCAGCUGGUGCACAUGCUGCAUCAGGUGCGCAGCGCCAAUGCCCAGUGCGGCCUCGUGCUGCCUGGCUCGCCGGCGCUCUCCGACGACGAGCACUCGCUCGUGUCGGCGCUGCGCGGCGAGCUUCUGCGUCUGCGCAUCUAUGAUGCGCCGGGCGCAGCACGCCUGGCAGCCGACGCCGGCCUCACGCUCGACGACGCUCUGGCGCCGUACGACAGCUCGAGCCACGCCGGCAGCUCGCGAGCCUCGCCGCCGAGCCCCAUGAGCCCAGACAUGUCCGCGCCGGCCGGCAUGGUCGGCAUCGCGGACGUCGACAUGGCCGACGGUCCGCUCUCGCGCAAGGUGAAGCCGAAGCAUGCGCCGCGCCGCGUGCGCAAGCGCGAGAACGAGCACCACCAGGCAUGUCUCGGCUGCGACGCUGCCGAGACGCCAGAGUGGCGCAAGGGCCCGAUGGGCAACCGCACGCUGUGCAACGCCUGCGGCCUGCUGUACGCCAAGCAGAUCCGGCGCAAGGCCAAGGAGGCCACUGCUGCUGGCGCGCAGGCGCGGUCCGCUGCGGCCGAGACGGACGAGGACAAGCACGCCAGUCUCGAAGAGCUGCGCGCCGCCGUGCGUGCACGCUCAUCCUCGUCGGCGUCGACGACGACUGCGCCGCCGCCGCCGCCGCCGUCUGCUUUUCUGCAGCGCAUGGGCCCUGGCCCUCGCAUGCGCGACGAGACCAUCGACAACAGCCCGGUGCAUGCACGCACGCUGUUCGCCGACGACCCGGCCGGCCGCGCGGAGCCUCCGCGCGGAGGGCACCCGUAUGCGGACAUGCCGUACGCACGCGCCGGCCUGCCGCCGCUGUCGAGCUUCUUCUCGGACCCGAAAGGCGCUGCUGGCGAGCGCCCUCUGCCGCCGCUGCCACACGAGCACCCUGCUCAGCGCCUGCCGCCCCUCGCUGCCGGACAGCGGGCCACCUGGACGAUGGCGCGGCCGCCGCACGACAGAUCCCCGUCCCCUUCCCGAUAG